CCCUCACCUGUCAACAUUGUUGUGAUAUGUGUUAGAAUUCACAUGUCACAUUGAUCGUGAUAAUAAUAAGAAUACAUACUAUAGUGGGUUGGACAGCAGCCAUUUGUAUUAUGAGCCACUCUCGAUUUGAUUGAUACAUGUUUCAGUGAUUUGAGUUGUCACUUUGGCGCUCCCGCCAACGAGAAAAAGUAACAAAAGUCGGAGGGAAACAGAGUGGCCUAGCCCUUGUCACUCUGCUGCCUGCCUGCCUGCGGGCGGGCGGGUGGGUGGGGGCGGGCUUAGGACUGUCUGUCUGUCCCUCCCUCACUCCAAUUGGAUAAGGCCACACCGGUCCGGUGGCCAAUCGAUGCCUUUUGUGGCGAGGUAUAAGUAAGGCUCUCGAGGUCGCCAGCGGCUCAUUCAGACUUUCUGUGACAUACUGAAGCUACCAAUAUGAGCGGAAGAGGCAAAACCGGAGGCAAGGCCAGGGCGAAGGCAAAGACACGUUCAUCCCGUGCCGGGCUCCAGUUCCCCGUGGGCCGUGUGCACAGGCUGCUGCGCAAAGGCAACUACGCCGAGCGUGUGGGCGCUGGCGCACCAGUCUACCUGGCCGCAGUGCUCGAGUACCUGACUGCUGAGAUCCUGGAGUUGGCCGGAAACGCUGCCCGUGACAACAAGAAGACUCGUAUCAUCCCCCGUCACCUGCAGCUGGCAGUCCGUAACGACGAGGAGCUGAACAAACUGCUUGGCGGCGUGACCAUCGCUCAGGGUGGUGUUCUGCCCAACAUCCAGGCAGUGCUGCUCCCCAAGAAGACUGAGAAGGCCGUCAAAGCCAAGUAAAAUCGCUGGUGCGGCUGCAACUUGACUACUCAACCCCCAAAGGCUCUUUUAAGAGCCAACCACCUAGCUCAGCAAAAGCGCAAAGUGUCCUUUCUAUGGCUGGCCAACUAUUUGGCGUGUUUGUUAGAUACAUAUACACGGCACAGUAUCAAGUGCCCACAUGAGGCCUAAAUGAAGAAUAACAACUACUAGGCUAAAAUGAGAGCAUUAUUGCGCGUAAAGUGUAACGUUGCUCGCGCCCUAACAAAAGACCCAAGCGCGCC